AUGGAGAAAUCUUACCAAAGGAAUACAUAUCAGUACCAACUCAAGGAGUCCAAGUUUGAUGAGCUUAAGAAGCUUGGUUCCCUAUUGAUUGGUGAACAGAAAGAUGUCUUCAAGAAGGCUUAUAGUAAUUUGCUGGGUGUCUUGAUGACCAAGGAAGAUUUGGGGUUGAUCCUUACCUUUUCCCAGUUCUAUGAUCCAAUGUUGCAUUGUUUCACGUUCCAGGAUUUUCUCCUAACUCCUACUCUAGAGGAGUUUGCUCAUAUUGUCCAUAUCCCGAUUAGAGAUCAGGUUCCUUACAUUGGUGUUGUUGGAUUUCCAAAGGUUGUUUUCACUCUCCUUGUUUAUGUUUUGGUACUCUUUCCAAAUAUUGAAGGGUUCAUUGACAAAACUGUUGUUACUAUUUUCAUCUCCAGAAAUUUGGUGUCUACUCUCUUAGUCGAUGUUUUCUUUUCUUUCCAUUAUAGAAAUCGGAAAAGAGGUGGGGCAAUUAAUUGUUGCAUUCCUUUGGUUUACAAGUGGAUUUUGACUCACUUUCCAAGAAGGGUACCUUUUACAGACAACAUUGGAGCUUUGAAUUGGUCUCAAAUGUUAAUGUCUUUGGAUACUGAAGAUGUUGUUUGGUAUUGUCGUGACUAUGAUAGGGUGGAGCCUAUUUAUAGUUAUGGAGAUUUCCAUAAUGUUCCUGUUUUUAGUGCUAUAGUUGGGGUCAUCAAUUACAAUCUUGUUCUUUCACUUCAUCAGUUAGGUUAUCAGUUGAAGGGAAAGCCCGAGGAUAAAAUGUUAGAGGAGCUUCUUAUAACCAAAGGUGUUGAGGAUGCAGAUAUGAUGAAGAGAACACGACAUGAUUAG